UGUGCGCGGUUGGCGAUAUUGUCUCCAUAUUAGACGGGAGGCUUGCUCGUACCUGUACCAGGACACGCAAGUAAUACUAGUAGUACUAACAUAGUUACCAUCUUGGCAGUAAGCCGAAUCGCAACGAAGAGUGCAGAGGACGACGGCUUCGCAAGCUUACUGCAAGUCUUGGUAAAGCGCAGCCCCGAUGCUGACUGUGUAUUCUCACACAUGGCUCGCACAAGGCGUUCAUGGCUUGGUUGCAUUGCCCACGGCGCAUGCCACACGCAUGCCACAUGCAUGUGCGUCCCCGACUGAUGGGUAAGCUAAGCUGAGAGCAGAGGCCCUGCCCCUGUCCCUUGAAGCUCAAUCUGCGACCAUUCGCAGAACGCCUGGCCGGGGGCCGCGGUCACGCAUGCAAAGCCAGAAUGCCAUCUCCAUGGGGUAAGGGAUGCGGUUCUGGGCACGAAUUGGCGCCGUGCUCGGGAUUCCGCUCCGGACGCAAAACCUGCACUCCGGCUCCCAUCUUUGCGCCAGCUUCACAUGUUUGGCUCUUCCUCGCUGUUAUACAUGGCAUGCACUUUUUCUCUUUCCUCCCCGCGGAGCACAGGGCCGGGCAAAGAUGCCGUUUCUUGCCUGCUGCGCCGGUGGAUUGCGGACACCAAUCCUGGACGAGUUUCACCGAGGGCAGCACACACACAGCUGCUGAAAGGAGGCCGUCAUCUUCCUUUGCUACCCCUCACACCACGCAGACUUUAUAUGCCGCGUCGCACGAGCGGCUUGAGGAAAAUUUGGGGCGGCGUGAUAUCCAUAGGUGCUUGCAAGAUCCCAGGCCGAGAUGGUGUGCGACGAGCAUUCUUUGUGCUCGGACUGGCUGCUCGUGCCGCGACAGGGCGAUACAGUCUGUAUGGCUGAUUGCCAGAAGGCUGGAGGCGGAAUAUCCAUCCGUAUCCCAGCAGCCCAGUCGCAGGAUUGGCCGUGCUUUCUUGUGCUUCGUGCUCCAUAUGAGGCGGUGAUGAAAAUGCGCUUUCGGGCUCGAGAGCACCCGUGGCCGAUGAUAUUCACAAUCCCGACGCCACGUG